CAGGGUUAAUACUAAUUAUAUAUUAAAGUUCAAGACGUUGCUAUACGAUACAAGCUACAAUAAUAAAUCGAUCCGUCUUGGAACACAAAGGCAUUUUUACGUUUUUCUUCAAAGAAUAGAAUUUUAAGCAAAUGAGAUUUCUACUAAAUUUCUUUGUAUUAUAUAGAUUACUUGUAAAAGUUAGGCAUAACGAUCAGUCACAGAAAUAACUUAUGACUUGGACAAAUAAUUGGACUUAAAUAAUUGAUGACUUGGACAAAUAUUGGACAAGCGAAAUGUACAGAUGAGUGGAACUCUCAGUUCCCAGGGCAAGGCGUCGUAUCAUCGCACCAACCGGACUCAUAAUUAAUUUCAAUCUCAUCGAUAAAUCCGAUGCUAGCGCAACACACUGCUGUACACGUCUUCAUCUACGUGCACGUCAUAAAGACGUGCAUGUGUGUCUUAUAUAAGCUAGGCGACAGCUUGAUCGGUUUGCAUUGUUGUCGGAGUGAAUUGCAUCGCGAGUGCCUUGCGUGAGUUAUGGCACUGACAAUGUCAUUUUGGACCGUGAUGCGGGGGAUCGGGUGCACUUUGACCCUGCUAUUCGCGUUAUCCGCGCAGGCAAUCGAUUAUGAAGCUCACAGGCACGACGUUAUACCGACAAGAGUGGAGAGUAUAGUCCUGACAUCACGUGACUUUCUUGAGCAAUUAAACCUGCUCAGACCAAGAGCGAGUUACACUUUACAAGAGGCUACAGAACACUUGCUGCAUUUUGGUGCGCUUUUGCGAGCGCGGUUUCUUGAUACUUUCGGCGGUCUCCUCUACAUCUAUUAUGAUGACUUCAGCAUAGCGGAAGUGGAGGCGUUGCACAAGGUGUAUCAAGAGAUCCUCGAACGACGAUACGAUGUAUUCAGUCUGGUCCCUGACAUCCUAAAGAAUUCAGACACAAGACCAUCAAGGAUCUGUACCGAAAUUUACACCCACGCAGAACCCUGUCUGAGGAGUAGCGCGAACAUGUGUCGCAGAAUCAAGAAGCAAUACGAUCUUCCGCAUUCCGACGAUUUCCGCACGCACCUCCUGAAUAUCACUUACCUGAUGUAUCGUUCAUCCAAAAUAUCAAAGCAGUAUCCUAAAGGAUUCUCGCUAUCGGCGAUAUUAAGACUUCUGCAAAGAGAAGUACUGACGAUUACGCCUGGUCUGCUAUCUGGACUUCUCUACAACGUGAGAUAUGAUAGCUUCGAUGACGACAUUCGUUUCGCUGAAAGGGAACUCGUACGAUAUCUUCACAAAAUCACAAGCUCUACCGAACAUACCUUUAUAGAAAUUAUGGAGCCGAUACCGAUGAAGCAGAUGAGGAAGUUUCACAGUGCAAGUUCCUUUCUCAAGUAUUACAUCAACAUUGUCAUUGAUAAAUUACCAGAUGAAAACUUAAAGAAACACGCGGUUUUAAUCUCAAAACGCAUCAUCGACGACGUCGACACCAUCGAUGAGAAUAUCCAAUUGCUCGGUAAUGUUUACGAGAAUCGACAGAUUCACAUUCGAUAUCUCUUUGACCUCGUAUUACCCGACGAUCUACUCGAUAAGGAUGUGAUCGAAGCUAAAAGAUAUUUGGUGAUGAAGCUAAGUGAGUUUGAUGUGGUGGAAAGGUACCUUAAGGUACAAAAGUAUCUACAAGCCACACCUGCUCAACUGGUGAUGGAGAUCACUGGACAGCUGAAGGAUAUCAAUUUCAUUAAAGAUAUAGCAACAUCUUUGCGGAUGCAUGCAAGAUUUUGGCGCAAAAGUAUUAUGAUCGAAAGUCUCGACGAGUUAUUGGAGCUGUUUGACGCUUACGAGAAUCUGCGGCAGGUACCGCAUUAUCAGAAGAUGAUGAUGGAUAUUGACAUGCUUAGAAAAAGCUUGUGGGACACGAGAGACGUACCGGUUGAGAUCCUUUGCAGUGCUCCACGGGCUUGCCUGCGAUUAGGUUUGCAAUUGGUUUUAAAGUGCAAGUUUGUGAGUCAUGAGAUCAAAACGCUUAUCAUAAGUUUUUUAAAAUUAAGCGAGAUAUGCGUAAUGCCGGAGGAACCUUUAAUAGACAUUUCCCUCAACAUGGCAAAAAUACGUUCCUCUAAAACAGAAUCGUAUGUUGAGCGGACAGAAAGUUCAAGUGUGGACAGCACAUAUACAACAACGACCGAGUCGACGACUACCAGCAAGGCAACAACGCAAAGUACUGAAAGAUCUAAAGAUAUCACGGAACCAAUCACAAUAUGUAAUGAAAGUACAGAAAAAAUACCAACCAAGCCUGAAGUACUUUUAGAAGAAAGCACCGAGAAUACGACGCCUAUUCUGACACCAAUUAAACACAUAAAAAUCGAAUUCAGUGCGAUAUUAAAUAUAACAAGUGAUGAAGAAACGACUACAGCUGCAGUGAGUACCAUAGCUACAAGUACGUCGCCUACAACGACGACUACAAUAGAACCUACAACAACCACUACAAUAGCGCCCACAACGACUACUACAACAGUACCCACAACAACCACUACAGUAGCACCUACAACGACGACUACAAUAGAACCUACAACAACCACUACAAUAGCGCCCACAACGACUACUACAACAGUACCCACAACAACCACUACAGUAGCACCCACAACAACAACUACAGUAGCACCCACAACAACCACUACAGUAGCACCCACAACAACAACUACAGUAGCACCCACAACAACCACUACAGUAGCACCCACAACAACCACUACAGUAGCACCCACAACAACUACUACGAUAGCACCCACAACAACUACUACGAUAGCACCUACAACUACUACGAUAGCACCGACAACAACUACUACAACAGCACCGACAACAACUACUACGAUAGCACCUACAACGACUACUACAACAGCACCGACAACAACUACUACGAUAGCACCUACAACAACCACUACAGUAGCACCUACAACAACUACUACGAUAGCACCUACAACGACUAUUACAACAGCACCGACAACAACUACUACGAUAGCACCUACAACGACUACUACGAUAGCACCUACAACGACUACUACAAUAGCACCCAUUACUACAACAUUAGCCGCAACGACUACUACAUCGGCUCCAACAACUAUUACAAACUUGCCCACCACAACCACAACAUUAUCAACGACGACAUCGCCUGCAACAACGACUACGUUACGUACAACUACAGAAGAGCUACCAAUUGUCACUAUGAAACUAAAACGAUCAGAAAUUAUGAUGACUUGGCCGACUGAGAAUAUCGAAGUCAGCACGACUUUGCAAAGCUUAACAACGCCUGUCACUGUUCCGCCGAAAUCCUGCGAAUCUCACGAAUGCACCAGCAAGCAAACUCCGAGUUCGACAACGAUGGUCAAAGAGAGUACGACAUGGAUGACCACGAUACCGACUUCUAGCCUCAGAACUACGACUCAGGAAGAUUUCGAAACGACAACCCAACCAACGACAGAAUUAAUGCCAGUCACAAAAGGCGACGAUUGCAUAAGAUCUUGCUCAAAGGAAUGUGCCAAGAGGAAGAAAAUCAAGACGAAAUGCAUCACCCCAGAUUGUUCAAGCAGAUCCUGCGAAGUAAAUUGUGACUCCUUGAUGGAAGACUGCGACGAGGAGGAGGAUACCGUCGAGAAAAUGGAAAAUCACACCGUCGAGUGUUCCAGAGUGCGAUGCAAGGAAGAUUCUUCAGAGAUCUCUGCGGAAUGUGAAACCGAGAUCGACAGGAGUUGCGAUGGUUUGGAAUGCGCUUCCAAAGAGGAAAGCAGUAACGAGUGCAUGACGAUAUGUUCCUCAGACUUGGAGAAUUCGUGCGAGGAAGAUCACAACGAGUGCUUGAGCCCGGAAAGACAAACCGUUGACCUGAAAUAUGAGCGCACUCGAAAACGCACCUUAUGCGAGAUCCGGAAUCCUCAUCAUCGGCGUCAAAUGAAACGAUUGGCGAAGAUGCGGGCACUCAGCGCCGCCACUGCAGCGUCGCGCGCUGGCGUUCUUAGAUCGAGGACAUCGCGACAUCGCUUGGACCGAAUUGCGACGAAGAAACUGUACAAUCUGUUGGUAGGCAGAUCGUCUCGUUCCAAGAAUAGAAGCUCCAAGAAAAUGGCGAAAUACUUGUUGAAGAGACCUUCCAGAGUACUGAGCAAAAUCGAAGGGGAAAGUUGGAGACAAAAGCGGAACCAAAUGUACAAGCUGAGGAGGCAACUGGCGAGGAAACACGGCGGAAAAUUGACUGCGCGGACAUCAAGGUACCAGAAAACGAUUCCGUUUCAUGAGAGUCAGGAUGCGAAGGGAAUAAUCAGGAAGGACGCGCAAUUGAUUAUGGCAGCGUCGCAUAGAAAAAUCAAAACGGGAUCUGUCAGUUUUUCGAAUAACUAUUAAAUGAUUAAUUUAUCAAAAAAUUAUAACUGUUUAUAUAUAAUUUGAAGAUAGUCGGGAAAAUUAAAUGCAUUAUAAAUACGAUUUCUUCAACGCAUUCUAAAGGCCGCCUUUCACGGCGCAGAACCGAUUAAUUAACGUCACGCUAAUAAGGUUCUUAUCAGCGGUUGAAGUAACGAUUUAUAAUAUGCCAGGCAGCCGAGGUAUUCCUGACCGUUUUAAAUCAAUCGUUAGAGAUGUCGAUAAGUUUUGUGGAUGCUCCAGGGUUUGAUAAAAAAGAUUGUAGGCAUACAUCUUCAUUAAGAGGAUAAAGGAGGUUGAAAGACGUAUCCGGACUUAAAAAAAACAGCUUUGUUAUUUAUUAAUAUUGUGUCAAGGAUGUAAUAGCAAUAAUCUUCACAUUAAGAAUCUAUUAGACUGACAUGAAACUCAUAAACAGAUCAAUAAAAAUUGAAGAUAGAAGCGUUAGGUAGUCGGACAUUAGAGAGAUGCAACUAUUUAGAAAUUUGGAAACUUUCCU